GCCGGAGACGUCACUGCGGCUGAGGGCGGAGAGCAAAUGGCCGAUCGGGCCAAUCAGCGUGCAUGGUUGAAGCUCCCGACCGCCUACUCGUAAAGACUAUCGAGAACCACCUUCCCUUCCCUUUUCCUGCCGCACACGAGCACCACCAAAACUCCAGCCUCCCUCGACUUCUCUUCUUUCUUGUCUGUCUGGAUUCUGCUCCGAUUGUCGUUAGCUGUGACAUUGUUCCCUCCUCCUGUCCUCCGUCGUGUAGUCGCUUCUGCCUGGUUAUCUUUCCCAUCACCUUCCCGCUGCCUAAACCAGUCUACCUCACCUCACCUCAUCUCACUGGCGGCCAUGGCUCCUCCUCCUCCCGCGACGCUGCCUCUGCCUGAGAGGCUCAAGGCGCUGGCUCAGACGCUGCAGUUCGCGUGGUUCGUAGGCCACAUGACCCUGCUCCUCUCCGUGCUGCGCUACUUCCUCUCCUACAUCACCUUCAACUACUACUCCCGCUGGGCCAGGUUCUCCUACCGUACGGCCUUCCUUGCCGCUGCUCUGACCUACGGAAUCGUCGUGUACAAGCAGUAUAUCGCGCGUGGACGUCUGCAAGGCAGUGCCCCCAGCAUUGCGUUGAAGCUCGCGGGUGAUGAGAAUGUCCAGUAUCUCGCAAUGGCCCUUGUCUGGCUCUACUCCCGCCAGGUCCCUCUGGCGCUCCUGCCAUUCAGCGUGUAUUCGGUUUUCCACGUUGCGACCUACACCAGGACCUAUCUCAUCCCGACCCUGCAGCCCCAGACCCAGGCUGCCAACGGUGCUACCCCCGUCUCUCCCUCUUCCCCCAAGCCGCCGGCUGGCAAGCCGUCCCCGCUGGCCGACAACAUUGGCAAAUUCGUGAAGAAGUACUACGAUGCCAGCAUGGGUCUGGUGGCCGCCCUCGAGAUCGCUCUCCUCCUCCGUCUCGUCCUGUCCGCUCUCACUUUCUCCAAGGGCAGCUGGGUCCUCCUGCUCAUCUACAUCACCUUCUUCCGUGCUCGACACGCCCAGAGCAGCUUUGUUCAGAACGCCGUGUCGCACCUCACCGCGCGCAUCGACACUGCUCUCUCCCACCAGAGCACGCCCCCGCCUGUUCGCCAGGGAUGGGAGACCUUCAAGGGUAUUGUCCGUCAGGCCUAUGACGCCACGGAUGUGAAGCGCUACACUGGGGUGUACGGGGGCACUCCUGUCAAGAAGCCUCAGUAGAGCAGCAUCGAGCGGUUGGAAGUGAACUGGUGGCUGCAGUCAAUCAACUGGAGUCCUGAACGGGGGCCACAGCCAGCUUCACUUUCCAACCCACAGUUACGAAAACGGACGAAUCGCUUGCGCGAACAUCCC